AUGCCCAUGACGGCGGCCAUCGUGGCAGAUGUCAAUCCGCUCCAUGCCGUUCUCGCGGAAAUGCUCGCGGAGAGAACCGCCGUGCCAACCAAGCGCACAGUCGCAGUGCCUGAAAAGAGUGAUUGGCGGACACGUCAGGUGUUGCGAGAACUCAAAGGGCUUAAGUCGCCAGAAGAUGUUUCUUCCUCUGAGGAGCAGAUUCGGGGUGUUGUUGCGAGCCAAGAGUCACGGUGCCGUGUGAAGCUUAUGAAUGGUUUUUUGUCAGGCCAGUAUCUCACAGAGGAACAGGCGAUAGUAUGUGAAGAGGAGAGACGCUCUCGCAAUUCUAUAAUAUCUUUAGCCACUUCUACACUGCAAAGCCAAGCGACAUGGCUUGCGUUGAUUUGGCGAGAAAUGUACCAGAGGUGCUGCAUUGAAGAGAUGUUCGUGACGGAGCGAAUGGACUUCCAGAAAUGCUCUGAAGUCGGCAUCCUGGUGGCAUGUGAGCAACACUCACGCCGGUGUCUGAUGCAGAUGGAAUCUAUGAACCGCAAAGAGACGAAUCAGAGACGCUUUUUGUCUGUAGGGCGUGAGAUUGACAUGGAGCUACUGCGGCAGCAAUCGCAUCGCUUGAAUGCACUGGCCUCUCAGGCUUCUUCAAAGCUUGUUCUUGACAUGGCACUGCUUUCUGCUGAAGAGGAGCGCCAACGCUGUUCAUUAGAACGGCUCUAUUUACUCAAGCUUAGUUUGAUGUCCAAUGAUCAAGAGAAUGCUGCUGCCCGAUUAGUUGUGACAUCAGUUAUGCGGGCUUCGUUGCUGAGGCGGAGAUUGGAGGACGAUAAGUGGUGGAGGGAGCAUGCCGCUCAAUUGCUGAUGCUGCCUUUGAGAGAGGGUGACCUCCGCGGGAUGAUCGAAAGAGAUGAGAUGGAGAAAAGGCAAGAUAUCCGAGUGAGCUUUCUGGUUUCGUGGCGAGAGGUGUUUAAGCGUGUAAUAGGUCCAAGCGAAGGCGCGGCCAUUGUGGAACGCCUCGAGCUUUACGAGCGCCGUUGUGUAUUUGAUCAGUGGAGGUUUGGCUUUAAUGCCCUCGCCGAACGACAAAAUCGUGAAAAAUGUCUCCUUGCACAGCGUGAGGCGGAGUAUGACCAAUUUUUUCAUGGUGUUAUUGAUUCUCUCCGAGCCUUAUGGAAACAGGAAGGAGAACAGUUUGAUCGGCUGCGUAAGAUGUACUCAAACUUUCUCUGGUCUGACCGAAUGGUUAAGGCCACUUUGGUGCUUGAUGUUGAGGAGCGUUACAUGCGGCAAAAAAUUAUAGAGGCGGAAAUACGGGAAGCUGUUGUCUUGCGAUCUCGGGUGCACAAACAUCAACUCGAGGCAGCGGCUCUUCAAGAAACCGCGUCGAUUAUGGAGAUGGAAUCAAUUGUACGCCAUUCAUUAACACAGUGCUUCAAGGGUGUGGUGAAGAAUCACCUUUGUGCACAGCUCUGUCGUAGAGAGGAGCGGCGGCGGUUUAAGAUCGAAUCAGAGGCUCGCGCCAAGUGGACGGAUAUCGUGUUGAAAGAUGCAGCUCAAAGUGGCCGAUCGGUCGACGCUUUGGGGCAUCUUGAGGAAACUCAGCGCUUCCUGCUUGUGCAGGAAGAGAAACAGCGCCUAAUGUACCGCAUCUUAUCGACGCUUACCUCUCAAGAAAAAACGGAGCGGCAGCGCAUUGAGCAAACUGAGUUGAGCAACCGUUUUAUCACGUAUGCAUCGGUUCUGGGGUGCGUGGAGGAAUGGAAUCGGUUAGGGCUCCAGACAGAGAGCCAGCAUGACCUGCUCCGAGUCUUGUUGUGCAAUCUGGUUGAUCGAGAGUCUAUUGAGCGGGCAUUUAUCACAGACUGUGAGUUGCGGAGGCGCGAUUUCCUUUUUGGAAGCUUCGACUACGCCCAUCCACAGCUGCGUGCUUGCGAAGUGGAUGAGUUGGACGGACGUCUAGACAUCAUUACGGAGUCAGAGCUAUCGAUGAAUGCAUUUGCCUAUACGCAUGGAGUGUACGAUCGGGUGACGUACUCCACUGAAGAGCUUCGGUCUGUUCAUAGUACCCUGCGCUUCAUGUCUUCAAGGGAGCUUCUCCAGUUUCAUGAGGUGGAGCUGGUCCGCGUUGUGGAGCCGCUGACACGAGCAGAGAUUGUGGAGAGGGAAACAUAUGAGCGACUGGUCUUGACGAUAGAGGCACAGGAGUACAGAGGCCGCUUUUGUAUUGAGAAAAAUGCCUCAAAAGCGUACGAGGGUAUUCAAAAUUUGUUCGAUCGCAUCAUUUACCGUGCUGAUGAGUGGCGAAAAAGAGGCCCAGUUAGGGAGUUGGUGGUGCCAUCUGAGAGGGAGGUGCUAGUCGAUUACUUCCGCCGUCAAGAAGCGUCAGUACCUGCUAGGCUCAAGGCCCAGCGUGAAAAAACCCGAGAACUUCUUGGAUCCUUUUUUGAAGAGUUUUAUUUGGGUCGAGAUGAUAUUGUGCUUAAGGAGUUUGUUGCACGUGAGGGGCUGGUGAAUGCUCUUCGCCGACCCCGUAGUGUGAUGAGCUGCACCGCUCCAGUUGAUGCCUCCCAGAUAAAUGUCCGAUUCUACAGUCUCACACUUGUGACAAGCGUUGAACUGAAGCCCAUGUCCAUGAAGGUCUACGACUCUGUCGAUGAUGUGGGAAUAACAUGUGAGCUACGCGAGGCGCAGGCUAUUGCAGCUGCUGGUAGCGUCUUUCGCGUGUGUUUUCCUCUACACCAGAUGGAGUGGGUACGGCCCUUGAGGGAGGAAAGUAAUGCUCUUUACUUUGAGGCUGGGGAUAACGAGGGUAACGUUGUCGCCAGUGCCUCCCUCCUCCUCAGAAGCAGUGAAUUGAUGGCGUCUAUAGGUGCAACAGUUGUUUCUGUUCCUUUGGACGACCAACGUGGAAAGAUAAAUGUUGUUUUACAUGUAGGAUAG